GCGUGAAUGGAUGGGUGAAACUUCAAAAAUAAUAGAGGCACAUAAUGUUAAAAUCCGAGUUAUAGGCCUGUAUUCUCAUCGAGUUUUUGCAAUCAUAGACAGAUUUUGUAAGAUAUUAGCAGAGAUGCUAUACAAAGUUCAAUUUGCUAUUGAAACUAUAUCCGGAAAUUCUAAAUUAAUAAGGGCAUAG